AUGGCCAUCCACAGCGAGCCCCAGACCGGCGCCGGGAGCGAGGCGCCUGCCGGGCCCAAGGAGAAGCCCCACCUCGUCGUCGGCGCCGCCUCGAUCGCGGGACACACGCUGCCCCUGCUCGAGGUGGCGGCCGCGCUCAUCAAGCGCGGGUACACGGUCAGCUUCAUCACCAGCAAGGAGUUCGCGCCGCAGGUCGAGCGCGCUGGCGCCGAGCUCGUCCCGAUCCCGGACGCCCUGAGCGGCGCCGGGGCCGCCGCCGUGGCGGAGAGCCACGCCAUGACCCCGGGCAGCCCGGCCAUGAUCAAGCACGCCCUGCGCACCAUCUUCCUCGGCAGCAUCCCGGCGCGCCACGAGGCGCUGAAGCAACACCUCGAGCACCUGGCCGAGGUGCGGCCCGGGCAGCAGGUCAUCCUGCUGCUCGAGAUCUUCUUCCUCGGCGCCGAGGCGCUCCUGCACGGGGCGCCGCUGCCGCGCGGUUACGACCGGCUGCCGCGCACCAUCGGGCUCAGCAUCGCGCCGGUGCUGGUCCACUCUGUCGACACGGGCCCCGUCGGGACCGCGCUGCCGCCCGACUCGACGCCGUCGGGCCGGCUGCGCAACGCGCUGCUCAACAGCAUCUACGAGGGCCAGCUCGCCGACUUGAACGAGGAGCGGGCGGCGAUGCUGCGGGGGCUGGGCGCGACGCGCGACCCGACCGGCUGGCUCUUUGGCGACUGGUUCACGGCGGCCGAGGUGACGCUGCAGACGUGCGCGCCGUCGCUCGAGUACGAGCGCUCCGACCUGCCGCCGUCGAUCCGUUACAUCGGCGCCCUGCCGGCGCGGCCCGUGCCCGCGGGGCUGGCGUACCCGGCGUGGUGGCCGGAUCUGGACGGGAAGAAGGUGGUGGCGGUGGCGCAAGGCACGGUGGCGACGGACCCGCACGCCCUCAUCGCGCCGACGCUGCGGGCUCUGGCGGGGGGCCGCGGGGACGGCGACGGCGACGACGACGACGUGAUAGUAGUGGCGCUGCUGGGGGUCCGGGGCGCGUCGCUGCCGGCCGACGUCGAGGUGCCGGCCAACGCGCGGGUGCUCGACUACUUCCCCUACGAGGCGCUGCUGGCGCGGGCCGACGUCUUUGUGCAGAACGCGGGCUACGGCGGCGUGCAGACGAGCAUCAUGCACGGCGUGCCGCUCGUCGUGGCCGGCGUGACCGAGGACAAGGCAGAGAUGUCGAUGCGGGUCCAGUGCGCCGGCAUCGGCGUCAACCUGGCCACGUCGACGCCCACGAGCGAGCAGGUGCGCGCGGCCGUCAAGGAGGUGCUGGCCAACCCGGCCUACCGCCAGCGCGUGCUAGCUAUGAAGAAGGAGAACGAAGAUUUGGAUGCGUUGGCUAAGAUCGAGGCGCAGAUCGUCGAGUUUACGGAGUAG